AUGGUCACUGACAGAGUUGGCACCUCGCGCCUCGAACGCCGCGCCUUGGAAGACGUUCACGGCGUCGGCGGAUCCGCAUCGAGCCAAUCCCGAGACACACAUGCGCGCCAAAAGGUCCCCACCAAGAUCAACAUUCCGCAGCACGGAAGCACAAAGCGCGACGAUGACGACGACUACAUCCCCUCUCGCUCCGGCUCCGGCUCCUCCAAGCGUGCGCGUCCGGCCAAAAAGCCCACCUUUCCGACCCACAACUACUCCUAUCACGACAACCUAGAUAGCGACGGAACAGAGACUGCCAUACGUACAGGCUCAGUUGCCGACCGCCGACAGCAAGCCCAGUCAUCCCGCUCGCCGCGCAGUCACCACUUGCACAGCCCAAAUGACAACCGAGCCGCUCUUCACAAAAACCCCUCACACACCUACAGGGGCAAGGCAAAGGCUCGCGAUCUCGCACCCGCCCGGCGCUCCGCCACCCGCUCGAAGAAGCACGCCGACAACGAUCCCGUCGUCAUAGACGACUCGGACGACGAUGAACCCGUGCUGACUUCCCCGCGCCAUGUCCCGCUGGCCGACGACACAUACAUCGCCCCCGCCCUCCAGACCAAAGACAGGAAAAGGAACGGAGCCACGACAAUCUCGCCCGCGGCUCCAAACAAGUUCUAUUUCCGCAACGACCAGCGUCCAGAUGGUCCGAUCCCGCUCGAAACCUCAGACGAGCCACGCCGGUCGAUCCAUUCGUCAUCGCAUAGCAUGCCGAUAGCGCAGCCUGGCAGCUCGAAUCCACGCCCGGCUGGCACCAUCGCCUCACGCAUGAAACCAAAGAAUCCAUCCCCAGAGGCCUCGUCGCAAUCGUCGCAUCGUCUCUCAAAUGGCUCCGCAGCUCAUGCACCGGCGUCCAGUCGUCAGCACGCCAGUUCGGGCGAGCGUGCUUUUGCCAGCGACACAUCACCUGCUUCCAAACGCAGGCGCACAGAUAAGCUCCGCAACUUGGCUGACAGCAGUCACGACGACCCCUCAAGGUCCGGUCCGCACGAAGUCAGCCUGAACACCAUCGUUGUGUCGGAUAUUUGGAAAUCCGAGGACGGCGAACAUCCCACGGCGAGGUUCUUGAAUUACAACUUUCAUCUCGUGCCAGCUCCCGGCUCCUCCCUUUCGAUCCAGUACACCGAUGUUGUCCGCGUCGAAGCUAGCAACGACGACGACGUGCUCGAGCACGGCAUCCUCUCCAUCACCCUCCGCAAGGGCUCAGAUAGCGUGCGACGUUUGCUCAAAUUCUUUCCUGCCUUCGAUCCGCAGGCCUCUCAGGAAGCGUCCGAUAUCCACCUGAUCGCAGAAGGCGAGCGCGCCAACGUGGAAGCGCUCAAAGCCGCGGCGAUCUUGAUGCGUCGGGCGAUCGGUGACGAAUGCAAGUUCAACUACUUGCGGCAACAGAACUCCAUCACCAAGAUCCGCGCGGUCACAGACGUAAAGGCCAAACCGUGGCCCAAGCCCACAUCUUUGUCGCCCGUCGAAGCAUCCAUUCAAGCCAAGCAGCAAAAGACCACCCGCACCGCCAUCAGGCCCGGCGAAGGCCGCCGCCCUGAUGUCGACACAACCAACGCUUCCAGCUACGGCGGCCACCUCAGUCCACCGCAACCGCGCAAGAAGACCUUCGACAUCCAGGCCGAGUCUCCAAAGUCCAAGGCGAGAGCCACGUUCGACGUUGACAUGCGCGACGCUUCGUCACCAUCGCCCGACCCCGAGCUGCCCAUCUCGAUGCGCAAGGGCAAGCGCGCCACUUACGCCAAAACCAGAGUCCAGACGCGGUCGGCGAGCCAUGCUGCCUCGCACGAGCCCAUGCUGCAGUAUCCAUACGAGGGGAUCGGUGCCGUCACACUGCUGCGCUCCGACUAUGACCGCCUCUACGACGGUCAACUGCUCAACGACACCGUGAUCGAGUUCGGGCUCAAGGUGCUGUUCGAGCACAUCUGUGCCAGAAAUCCGGAGCUCGCCAACAGCAUGUACAUGUUCAACACGUUCUUCUUCAACAAGCUCCUCACCGAAGGCACCGUCGAGACCGCGUAUCGCAAGCUGCGCAAGUGGACGUCCAAGGUGGACCUCUUUUCGAAAAAGUACAUUGUUGUCCCCAUCAACGAGAACUACCACUGGUACUUGGCGCUCAUCGUCAACCCCGGUCACAUGUUGACCGUGCACGGCACGAACGGCGAUCGCGAUCACGAGAUCGGCAGCGAUGAAGAGAAGGAGCAAGUAGCUUCCGCCUUGAACACGUUUCCCAAAGCUUCCACACGCUUGUCUCCGGACGGCGAAUGGACUCAGUUGGAUGUCCCCGCAAAGCCACGGCAGGACGAGGAGGCUCCGCUGAGCGAGUUCGAAGUCUCGACGCCUCCGCUGCCGUCGCUGGUCAUUCCCACGCCAAACAGGGACGCUCGCGUGGACACAGUGCCAUCUCCCAUGGAUCUCGACGCAGAUUCGCGCGCCAGCACGCCGUCGAAGGGUGCAUCGCCCAGUGUUGAUCUCAGCCAGACCUUUCUCAUCAUCUUCGACAGCCUGGAGGGCGAGCACAAGAACGUGGACAAGAAGCUCUACGAGUAUUUGUGGCGGGAGGCGCUGGACAAGAAGCGAAUCUCGCCGGCCCUCUUCCAGAAGCUGGCAGAAGAGCAUGCGGCCAGGGCCAAGCGGAGCGCUGCGAGGAACAGAAGGCCGCUGACACGUGCGCAGCAACAAGCGCACCAGGAAGCGGGCAUGGAGAGAGCUGCUGUAGAUGUCGACGCUGCCAGCCCCUCCGCCGACACGACCGAGAGUCCGACGCGCAAGAUCCAGGUUCUGGAUACGCGACAGCCAGCCGAGGCCGAAGCGGAUCGGCCGACGGACGAGGAGCUGGCCAAGUGUCUACCGAAGCUCCAGUACAUCCUUGCCGACGUGCCGAUCCAGCCCAACUUCUGCGACUGCGGCAUCUACAUGCUGCACUACUUUGACCGAUUCUUCCGCGAGCCCGAGCGGCUGCUCACGAUGAUGCUCGAGAAUCGCGGGCCGCGCACACUCACUGGCAAGGUGAGCGCCUCGACGCGCAACAAGCAGAAGCGAGAGCAGAAGCACAUCAUCGAGGCCGAGUGGCAGGCGGGCGAGGUGAGCGGCAAGCGACAGUAUUGGCGCAACAAGGCCGACGAGCUCUCGGAGCUGUGGAAGGAGCACGAGCUGCAGAAGCAGCAGCUGGCCGAUGCGGUCAAGCAGGACGGCACGGCAGACGACGAGGAUAUGGAUGUGGAGGCCAGCACACCACCGCCGCACAAAGACCCCGAGCUUGGCGCGCAGACGGAUGCGGUAGGGGAGGCGACGGCCUCUGCGCCUCAGGCGGAGCGAGGCGUCACCGAUGCGGAAGUGUCGCAAGAGCCUGCGGGCGAAGCAACGGCAGCGCAAGACGGAGCGCGUCCGAAUGGCGAAACGGCGCUGGGCGGCACGGCGUUGGGCAACACAACGCUUGGACUCGGACUGAGCCAGGCCGGACUGGGCCUCGAGGAAUCCCUCGAGCAAGUGCUCAGCGGCCGCGAUUCCAACGAGAUCGACCAGAUUCUACAAGCGGCGACAGAGGGCGCCAAGGGCGACGUGGCGUUGGAGACGGCGUCAAACGAGCCAGCAGACGCGGUGCCUCCAAGCGGGGCGGCUGUCAAAUCGCCACCGCUGCUGUACGAGCCGUUUAGGCCGUCGUCGGACGAGCCUGAAGCAUCCCCCGAAGCAGCUGGAGCGGCCGAGUCUGCGCAGAUUAGCCCGCAGCAGAGCACGCCGGUGCGGUUUGGAAUGGGGUUCAUGGACUCGUUGCCGACGGCGCAGUCGUGGCAGGAUGUGUCGCCAUCGCUGGAACGCACGCACCAUGCCAUCGACCGCACUAGUCGCGACACGGACGACACAGAUGCGGGGUCGAGCGCCAGCACGCCCAUCGGCGAAGUGGGUCCGCCGUCGAUAUCGUCGUCCGUUGCUGUUGUUGACCAGAUCUAG